UCAGCAUCACUCGUGGUGGUUUCGCGCGCGCAUCCGCCGCUAAAGUGAGACCACUUUUCAAGGAAAAAAAAUCGAGAUUCCGUCCGGUUUUCGACGCGAUCGACUAAUUUCAUCCCCCGUCGUCGCGUCGCCGCGUUCGACCGACGCGAUUAAAAAUUCUGGACGGCGAUCGUCGAGGCGCGUUGAUCGAAAAGUUGCCGCAAAAAAAUCAUAAGAAGUGCAUUUUAACGAGAGGGAGACGAAAUGAAACCCGCGAAAAUGAAUCACGGGUGAUCGACAAGCGCGAGUGAGUGACCGUAUGUAAUCGCGGAUCUAUCGAUCGCUUACAGAUCCCGCGUCCCCAACAAGUGAGCCGCGUGUGCGAUUUAGGAAGGGUAGAUUCUCUCCGCUUUGGAUCUCAACUUGACACGUUUGUUUACCGCUCGUCGAGCAACCUGUUUUCUUAUCGCGCGCGCCUCGCGAGUUCCGUCGAUCUGAGUGCUCUCGGGAACGGUGAAAUGUAUUCCCGGGAAUGCUGGGAUUUUCGCGGCGAGAUCGCAGGGCGAUCGAGAAAUCCCGGUCGACGUAGAGAAAACGCUUGAAUUCCUGGAGACUAAGAGUGCAUCGCUGUGCGGCAUCUCUCCUGUGGGGCGAAAAAAGAAGAAACGUUACGUGAUUCGCGGAGAAUUUGUAGGAGAAUUUUAGGAGAAAUUCGUUUCGCGGAAUAACUGUCUCAAAAUGUGGUCGAGAUGCUCGAGGCGCCCGAGUGAUUCGGAAUAAAUUCGAUUUUGCGGGCGGCGAGAUGAUAGUUGAAGUGAUACCAUGAAACACAUUCAGUGAAAUCCGGAUUAAAAUGCUCUCACUUGUGCGAGUUUCGCCUGUACAAAAUUGUUACGCAAGUACGAGUGGAACAUUGCAGCGUAUCUCUGGUGUUUAAACCGGACGCAAAAUUCGCGAGGGGAAAAUAUAACCGCGGAAUAUAUUCGAAGUGAUCCGAGGUGAUCGAGCGGAAAGUUUCUCGCGUUUUGAACGUGAUAAACUUUAUGCGAUUUUUAGGGGAAAAAUACGCUUUGGAUGCCUGUGAGAUUCGAAAUUGCUUGAAUUUGAAUUCGGGCGAGAGACGACGAGCCACGUUCGAUAUCAACAGAGAGAUAUUUCUGCGGCGGUGCGUAAAUGUGUCAGCAAAAAUCCGCAUUAAAACUUGGGCGUCAGGCUCUUCCCGAUACCGAUAAGCUUCGCACGAGCGCGAAUUCUCUGGUUUUAAGUGGCACUUGAUCGCCGAGGGCUCGCCACUGCGAAUUCUCACCUCAAAGUGGGCGCGAACUUUCGGGCUCCGCCGCAUCAAAAUAUAUAGUUUUUAUUUUUUAGUGACACGUACGCAUGUUGAUAGAACUCUGCAUUCGGACAUUCAAUUUUUACUGGGAGAGUAAACAGAAGGUAAAAUAAAUACAAUAAAAUCAAAGCUUUAGCAAGUUAAGAGAGCUAAAGAGCGAUUUUUAGCUGCGAUCAAGCGCAUAGUUUAAAUUCAUGUAUAUAACUAUAGAGAUAUAUUAAAAUUUGAGAAUCAAAGGCGCUUGAAAAAGGCGUACUUAAUUUUUCGUAAAGAAUGAUAAAGUUUAAGAAUUAUAGGCUGUGUCGGAGAGACAUACGUAAUCAAGCGAAGUCUAAAUCAUAUUGAAAUUUAAAAGGAUCAGCGAGUUCCGAAACGCUUCAGUUUCCGAUCCACUCUCAAAGCGUAAAGGAUGCCGUGCUCUUCGGGCUACCGCAUUAUUCCGCGUGCGAAUUCUUGAGGAUCUAUUGGUCAGUGCGGGCAUAGUUCGUCCCGGGCGAAGUUACGGGGAAGUGAGCAAAGAAAAUACGGUCGUUUGACGUCAUGCACGAGUGAGAUGCCGAUGAUGCCGCGAGAGGAGAACAAUUUUCAGCGGAUGACGCGGUAAUCGUGAAUAUAUUCCUUGCGAGUGACGAGACAAAAUUCGUGAGAAACGUCGUGACGUGCGAGAAGCUCCGCAGUAAAAAGCCCGCGGCUCGCGAAUACGUUCUCGGAGUGCUUUAAGCGUUCGUAGAAACGUGAAAAUAACAAUGUCAUUCAUCCGAAUGUACGGUGACGUUUGGAACAAAAGCGCGUGUGAACUGUAAAAAUAUCGCAAUAACAGUAACGUCGCGCGCGCGCUGCUCCCUUACGUGACCGAGAACGGGCGUGUUCUCGAAAACGAUUACGCGAAGUGCCCGGCGAAAAAGUACUCGUGAGACUAAAGCUCCGACUGACCAUUUGAUGUACCCUCCGCCGUGCAAUUGCAGUUUUCGGUUUAAAGUGUUGUGCGAGAGACGCAAAGAUAACAGUAACGAUUGACAUUAGAGCGCCUUUCUCGUCGCCAAUGUCUUUCGCACAGGCAUGAACUUUCGGUAUAAAGUGCAAUCGUGAUUAUCCCGCAGAACUUUUUAUCGCGUGUUUUAUCAACGUAAUUAGCCGCUCUUUGAGAUCGGAAUACGUCGGGAUAAAAAUUACGGCAUUGUGUUAUUACCUAAAUUGUUACACGAGUACGGAACGUAUAUGAGAAACGUCACGGAGUUACGCAAUUAGGCGAUUAGGCGAAAAAUAUCGUGAACGUAGCAAAAGUAAAACAGAGAUUACGUUGCGCAAUUAGUGCUGAACACGGUUCGAGAUAAAAAGAAAAGUUGUAAAAAAAUCGUCCAAAAUACGGAAUCACGUUUUGCGUAUCUUGAAAUAAUAUUGUGCACGGUGAAUGAAAAAGAAAAAGGAAUAUCGAAAGUAAAGUUCGUUUCUUCCGCGAUCGAUAGUCGUCAACUGAUAAAAUCAUAAUACACGAUAUGCGCGACCGACUGUAACAAUAUUGACAUUGCCAACGAGUGAAACUCUCUUCUCGUCAUCGUCGAUUACAUACUUUUCGGCGUAUACGUGAAAAGCUGCCAGCCGCGGACGGGAAAGUGUUGACGCGGUGCGUUCUAUUAAUUUUCCAUUGCGACACAAAGUUUCCCGCGAGUUAAAGUCGAAAUUGGAGCAACGCGACAGCUGCAUGUUGUGAGAGAAGAUCGCACGCGACAUCGCCGGAGGAAAAUAAAAUAUGUAUGUGGGUAAAAGUGUCGGUUGUAAGCUCGACGAAAACGCCGCGGAAUUUCUUUAAUAAAUCGCUAUCGUCCGCGCGCGCGAGAAACAUCGUAUCGUGUGUUCUCGAGCGGAGAACUAUUAAACACUCUUGAGUGUCGAGAAUUGUUGCGACUCGAGAUCCGUAACUGUUGCCUCGGAAAUCGAUUCGUUCUCGUAAGAGAUCGAAGAGUGUCGAGCAAAAGCUUGUGCUGGAAGCGGUUGGAUACUUCGUAGCAAGUGCUUCAAGGAGUUGUCCCUUUUUGGUUGCGUUACUCGUCCACCCGACUCAAUUUCGUGCCAUUGUCUUCCGAUCGUUCGAUUCGGUGUUUCUCGUGACAAGCGAUUCCUUCAAUAGUGUAUAUACUUCGGAGAGAAGAGGAGCGCGACUUGUCCGAAGGAUUUCCAUGGAAUAGCUACUCACGAUGACCAGUAUGAAAUUUUUUCGCGUCAUCUUGGCGCUCUUGGGAGGCACGCACGUUUUGUGCUCACAACCAUCGGCGUCUCCAACUGUGAAAACCGGUGGUUCCAGUAUCGCCAGCGUGGUAGCAGGGAGCAAGCCGACGAGAUCCUGGGACAAACCUCAAUUCGACGAUAUUGCACCGCGAAACGUCACUGCCAUCGUCGGUCAGACGGCGGAGCUGAAUUGUUACGUCAAGCAUCCGGGCGACCGUGUGAUCUCCUGGAUACGUAAGAGGGAUUUGCAUAUCCUGACGUCAUCGACCCUCGCUUACACGGGGGACGCAAGAUUUUCCGUUAAGCACCCUGAAUCAUCCGACGAAUGGACGCUGAGGAUCGAGUACGUUCAACCACGGGACGCCGGGGUUUAUGAAUGCCAGGUUAACACCGAGCCCAAAAUGAACUUAGCCUUCAUGUUGAAAGUCGAAGAAAGUGCCCCUGUCCCUGCCAUCACCACACCAAACGCCAUUCACCGGACGUUCAACUCAGCUGCUCAGGCGACGAUCCUGGGACCGGAAGACGUCUACGUGAAGAAAGGUAGCACGAUAAGUCUCACGUGCGAAGUGAAUGUGCGAAGUACACCGCCCAGUAGCGUUUCCUGGCAUCACGGAGGGGCCGUAGUGGAUUUCGACAGUCCCAGUGUACACCGCAGGGGCGGGGUUUCCCUGGAGACGGAGAAAACGGAUACCGGGACGACAAGCAGACUACUGGUGACACAGGCCAGAUUGACCGACAGCGGAAAUUAUACCUGCAUCCCCAGCAACGCGAAUCCAGCGAGCGUAAUGGUCCACGUGCUGAAUGGUGAACAUCCGGCGGCGAUGCAGCACGGCGGCAGCUGCGGCGUGGCUCCGACAAUUUUACUCGCCAGCAUCACUCUUAUAAUCGCGAACCUGUUAAGGUGAGCAGCCGCGUUGUGAAUCGCGCAAUUACCAAAAAGAGAAAAAAGAGAAGGGAAGUCAAACGUGUCAAUGGUCGAAAGAGACAAUGUCCAAAGUGAAAACGCGCGGCGAUCGACGGUCGCGAAGCGCGAUGCACGCUCGAAAAAAUCGCCCGGCCGACCGCGAUAGAUCGCUUUAGCUCACGCCUCGCUGUCACAAGCUGCGUGUAUCCGUUCGUCGAGUGCUCGGAAGCGACGACAAGAGAAUCAUAGUGCGCGGACCGAAGUGCAGUGGACCAAAAGCUCUGUGAAGGAUGCAGUGAUGUGGCGGACGAUCUUUAGCGUACGUACGUUUUUAACACGAAAAUCUUUCACCAGACACUCUCUCCAUUCUUUUGUAUGAAAAAUCGUGUUAAUGCGGCCGAAAAAACGUACCGAAUUAUUCUCAACAUCCUCGGUAGUACGGUUGAGCGGUUCGCCAAAGGGACACUCUUACACUUGUGCUUUUUGUAUAAUUAAAUCGGCAUGGUUAACCGUGCCUCAACGAAUCAGCGCGGACUCUCUCUAGUGACGGAAAGAAACUGCUCAUCUCGUGACUUUGUUGCGAGAACUCUGUUAGAAUUUGUAUUUUAACUAAUUCAAUAAUGGCCUCGUAGUAUCCUAAUGUAACGUCGAUCGAGGAACGACGCCGUGUACUUGGCAUAUAGUCGGAUCGAUCGGCACGAUCCGUUUACGACGGCCAAACUGCUUUCGAAUUGAGUAUCGAUGGCUGGAUCCGUUCGAUGGCUACGAAAUAAAUUAUUACAUAAAUCGAGAUUUAUAAUUUAACGAUUAUCAAUUAGUUGCGUAAUAAAUUAUCAGAUAAUUAACGAUCUUGUACAUAAAACGAGUAAUGGAGCGUGUGAGGUUUGCCGUGACCUUGUACAGUACAAUGCACGUGCGAGAAUUGCCACGUGAUCGAUAAUCGUUUCUCGUCGUCGUUUGAUCUGGGCAAUAUUGUACAUAGCUUGUAUCAUUGGUUAUAAUGUAAUUGUACGGUAUAAGUACAAUCGUAAAUUUGCGAAAAUUCUAACUAAACCUCGUGCCUCGGGCGCAAUUCAGCAUCUCGAGCGUGCCAGAUAUUUUUCGUAUAUAUUUCUUGAAUUAUGUAUAAUUGUAUACUAUACACAUAAAAUGAUUUUGCCCAGAUUUAACUCGUUCGGUUUUUGUUAAAUCUAGAUACGACACAAUGUCUAUUAUCGAGAGAUAAUUGCGUUGGUAAGGGAUUGAUUGCUAAAGUGAGAGUGAUGCGGUGAUUUUAUUUAAAAAAAAAAACUGAAAAAAUAUCGCAAAAACGAUUUGCAUCAAACUGUAGGUAAAAUCAAAUUUUUACAGUAUUGACAUUUACUAUGUUAAUAUAAUAAUGAUAUACUAUUUACGGAAAUCAAAAUCGUUGUUUGUAGUCUUUUAAUACGUAACUCAAGUGCAGUCUUUUAAUACGCGACGAAAUUAUUUAAAGAGUUACAAAGUUGUGUAAAGAAAUUAUUUGUUUGAAAAAUUUUAAUCAAGUAUUGUUAUAAAUGUAAAAUCUUUUCUUGGAUUUACACUCUGAGUAGCUAUUUAAUAUUAUCAAAUUUGUAAGAAUCUAUUCUUUUUUUUAAAAAAGCCUAUUUUGGAAGAAUUUUUAAUUUAUACAAAAAAAUAGUUGCUAUUGCAAUUAAAUUAAUAUCUACAUCUACAUCUACACAAAACGUCUUGUUUUAAUUAGUUUUGAUAUUUUACAAAUAAUUGGGUGUGUUAUGUUGAAGACGUUAUCACUAAUCAAUUAAUUUUGAUUUUAUAAAAGUAGAAAAAAAGUUCUUUAUAUUAAAAUAUAAUUGUUUCUAACAUCAGGAGAGGGUGUUUAUAGCACAGUAUACGGAAUUAUACCAAUAAAGAAUGAAAAGGCAACCAGAACUAAUCACUUUAGUAAUGGUAGUAGAUAGGUCUGUCCUCGAUAUGUUUCUGUUUGUUUAUUGUAAACAGGAUACGUGUCUUGCUUUAUUGUUCGAUAAUUAAAAUGCAAUUUGUCAAAAGUAAUGUUCGUCCUUCAAACAUAUAUGUAUAUGUUACUUCAUUUCUAAUUCAUUCAAGUUUUGCUAUGAGAAUAUCAAAGUAUUGUUUCGAAAAACAAAACGCAUCAAAAUUAAUUCAUCGAUUAAUCAAAAGCUAAUCAAACGGAUAACAAAUUAUAUUAACAAAUUAUAUUAAAAUGUAUUAUGAAGCUCGUGUAUACAUUAAGUGAAUAUAUGAAAAAAUAAUACGUAAAUAUAUUUAAAUAGGUCAAUAAUAAGCGUUCGUUAUGUAUCAUGAUAGUACGGAAAGUAUAAUUCGAAAGAUCGAAAUGUAAUUAAAAAUGAAAUAAAGGUUCCUUUGCAGGAGUAAUAAAAAAUCGCCUUUUGCUAUGAUAAUUUAUUUAAACUCUCUAAAAUGUUGAGAAAGUGUCAUCAAACCUGUCACAAAUUUUAUAUAUAAUUUAAAAAUAUUAUUUAAUAUUUACUUUAGUAUUUAGUUAUAUUUAUAAGAAAUUAGUAACUUUCUAAAUAACAGAAAUCAGAUUUUUGGGAAAUUAAUAGAGAAUAAUUCAUUUAAUUUUGCAAAUUAAUCAAAUAACCUUGUACAUAAGGACAUAAUUUUGCUAAAAUUUAAAAAUUUUAUUUUGUCUAUUAAUAUUACAUAUAGCGGUCUUCCGACUUUAAUGCCAUAUUCGAUAUUUCCAUCAGAUUCUACGAAGGACAAAUGCUUGAAUUAUUCGUUUUCCUGUGCAUUUGAUUAAAUCAAUCAAAUCUUGAUUAUCUAGCUAACAAAGUUGAGUAUUUUUAAAUGACUUUUCAGAUUAAUUUCUUCCAAUUCAAGCCACUUUUUCUGGGAAGAAAAAAAUACGAGAGAGAAAGCGUGAUCCUACAUAUGAUCAUUAAGUAAUUCAACGCACGUAAUAUAGAACAUAGCAGUAAAUCAUUAGGAGGUAGAUUUAUUACGACAUAAUAAUGUAACAUGAGUAAAGAAAUAUAUCAUAAUAAAACUAAAAUGUUAAGAUACGAUUUAUCUUAGAACCCAUAGAUUUUUUAUAACAUUGUAGUUUUGAAAACACAAAUUAGAAUCUACCCCCUGUUGAAAAUUGUGAAGCAUUUCGAAAUUUUCAUUCAGAAUCAGAGGGGAAAUAUCGCAGUACUAUCAAUUUGUAUAUAAUUUUUCACAUUAUGAUUUACGUUAACAUGCUAAUCGAGUCAUAUAUACAUUUCGGACAAAAAUUGUGAAUCACAUAAUGAUUCAGAGAACGAGAGGGAGAAUGCGAGAGAGAGAGAGAGAGAGAGAGAGAGAGAGAGAGAGGCUGGCGUAAUUACAUAAAAAGUGAUCAAAGUGCAAAGUAAAAAAUAAAUUUUUUUAAUUGAAGAAUCACUUCCAUCGAGCUACUGGUGUGUGUCGAAUCAAAGUAUAAUAUUUAA